AUGGCAAGCAAAGCGAAACCUGAUGAGAGUUCUGAAGGCAACAGUGAUGAUCCCGUGGAACAUUUCAAUGUGCGCGCGAUCGCAUUGAGAAUGCAAAGUCAAAUGGUUGGGAACGUGCCUAGUGGUAUACUGCGACUAUUUCUCGACGAGGCUUCAGUGCGCUUGUUUAACAACAUUUGUAAACUUCUACGAUUGUACACUGGGUCCAACAAGAUCGCUGUUGCAUAUACAAAGCGAAUUGUGAAAAUGAACAUCCGACUGACGGCCUUCUCGACGGCCGAUGUGCUGAAUGACGAGGAAGACGACAUGGCCUGUGAUUUCCACGAUCGUUGUCACUUGGCGGCAGAAAUUCUGCUCCGAUUAGGCAGACCCAAGCGACGUCUGUUGCCUGGAGUGACACCUACCAUAGAUAAGCUGGUCGAUGCCAUUCAGAGUGCAAAAUCUCUUGCACUAGGAAUCACCGAAAGACAUCUUAAGCAAACAACUCGCGACAAAUUUCGCGAAGCGGUUGAUUUCUUCGUGAACCCACAGUUUUUCACCACAGUUUUCAGUGAACAGGAAUGUUAUAAAGGAUUACUGGAAGAUAUUUACGAUUCGAUUGAAGAUUUAAUUGAUCGUGGACUAUUU